AUGAAUGUGAUUCCUAGUUUAACAGAGGAAGAACUCUAUGAUACUAAAGUUCGGAUAUCAGGAUUAAAAGUUGCUGAGAUCAAAGACGUACUCCGACUGGUUGGAUUAACCAUCACCGGCAAGAAAAGCGAUUUACAGACUCGUCUUAUCACAUUUUUACUGCUAAGGCGAGAUGCAGGCGAUAAGGCUGCCGUGCUAGCAUUGCGGACGUUGGUUGUUCAGCGAUGCAAUGGUGUUCCAUUACAAACGUUUAGGGACUUGUAUCAUGCCAUAGAGUCUGGUAGUUUUGUUCCUGGCACAAACCAUCGAAGAUCAAACCACCACAUGUCAACAACCACAACAAUGGCUACAUCAACAGUACCAACAGGACCAGCAGGAGCGACAGGAGCAACGGGAGCGGCAGGAGCGAUAGUGAGUACCAUACAUAGUAAGGAUUCGAAACCAUUUCACGGUCAUUCAUUAAUGUUCAAAGAGAAUCCGUUUUAUAGACUCGUUAGAAUGGUGCAUGGUUCUCCACAAAAAUUGCCCGCAACCGCCAAUAGUGGUAAACCCGUUUAUUCCUUUGUUUUCAAAAAAGAAGAAUGGUUGCAACUUAAAUCGGGAAAUUCUCAAAGACGAAUUUAUCUUCUUUGUGGGAAACAAUUAAAACCCGAUACGGUGUCAUCAAAUAAUGUAGAAGUGGAGUACCCGCCAUCAGUAGAGGUUUACAUCAACUCAAAAAGAGUUACCCAGUUCUACAAAGGAACAAAAAAAUUGGGAACAGCGCAAGCGAUUAAUGCCACUGAUUUUGUACAGAAAGCGCCUAAUCUAAACACCAUUACCAUGAUCUACAACCCAUUGGAAAAUGCAAAUGAUGCAUAUUUCCUUUAUUUGUACAUUGUUGAGCUUAUUCCCAUGGAGAAUGUCUUACAAGCCGUGAUCAAUGCUCCAAAGAUUAACAAGCAACAUGCCAUAAAAAUGUUAACUGAAGAAAGCGGAGCUAAUGACAUUGUUGUUGCAAACACGCAAAUAUCACUAUCCGAUCCUUUUGCACGAACAAGAAUUCAGUACCCAAUCAGGUCCAUAUUUUGUGAACAUAUCCAAUGUUUUGAUGCACAGAUGUUUCUUGCUAAGCAAUUCCAAGCUCCUCAAUGGGAGUGUCCACUUUGUGGGAAGCCUUUAAAAAUCAAGGAUUUGGCUGGUUGUGAAUACUUUGAUGAAAUUCUCAAGGCCACAGGAGACGAUAUUGACGAGGUCAUUAUUCAACCCAAUGGUACAUGGCAUGCCAAAUUAGUGGAAGACGAGACACCUAGCCCGUCAGUACACCGUCGUCAAAGUGAAGCCAAGAAGCGAACAGAAGAGAGCCCAGAAAUUAUUGAGAUCUCUGAUAGUGACGAUAACGAUGACAAUGAUGACAAUGAUGACAAUGAUGACAAUGAUGACAAUGAUGAGAAUGAUGAGAAUGAAGGUGAUGACAGUGGUAAUGAUACAAUUAUGUCUGCCGCUAGGGCAACUGGUCAAUCUGAUGUUUCUACUUUAAUAACUGAAUCGUUGCAACCUAACUCACCAAUACUGCAACGACAGAUCCGAGUGAAUAGUGAUAGCCAUAUCCCACAUGUGUCGAUGGACAACAGAAGGACUGCGUCCCAAUCUAGAGAGGAUCAAAUACUUGGUUCCAUGGCAACCACUUCGCUAUUUAGUCAACGACAAGGUCCAGUUCAGGAGUCUCGAUCAUUAUUACGCCACUCCUUGCCAAAUCUCGAUUACUUCCAUCAAGAACUGAGACAACAAGUUCCGCUGUGGCGUACUGGACACUUGGCCCCCUCAGGCUCUGAUGAGCGGUCAAUUGUGAACUCAACGGGCUCUGCGUCAAACCUGCAGCGAAUACCUUCUUCGGGACCUGCAAUGCAAACCACAACUCUGUUGCGUGAUUCUGGUUCUUCACAUUCAAUCUCAGCGCAUCCAGCGCAUCCAGUGCAUCUAAUACAACCAUCAACACAGCUACAAGGAACAAACAGUAAAGAUAGAAGCUCCGUAGAGAAAACACAGAGUUCAAAUUUUCAGGAAUGCUCUCAACAGCACCCCAUGCAAGAAAAUAGGCAGCCAAGAGUUCAACCUCGAGCUGCAGUAAAGGAAUUUGGAAGCGGCGGUGGUUCUCAACAGGGGAGCACGACAUUUGGAUCCAACUCAUCAUUGUCAACAACGGUGAAUAAUCCUAAUAAUCAUGCACCCUCUGUGAGCCGCAAUGGUAGUAUCCUAGGUCCAUCAAUAUUAAACUUAGGAGGUCUGCAACUAGAAGAGUUGUCCACUGGUGGUCAUAUAUCAAGAAUCCCGAAUGAAAAAGAUUCAAGUCCGGAUUCGAAUGCUAAUUUGAAUUUGAAUACUAAUUCAACACUGGAUAAUCAAGGACCGAAAACCACGCAAAUUACUACUUCAAGUUCAAAAAGUACGGUCUCGCGUUUAAAUAAUCAGUAUCUGCUGUUGUUUAUCCAAAGACCUAGGAAGAAACAUAAUUCUCAAUCUAGAAUAGCUACUAGAGCACCUGAAAACGUUGAUGCUACACUGCAAGAGAAGCACCAACAACAACACCAACAACAACACCAACAACAACACCAACAACAACAGCAACAACAGCAACAACAGCAUGGAGAACCUCAACAGCUGCAACAGCUGUCACGACAACAGGUAGAUAAUGGUGCUGAAACUUCCAAUGUUCACAAUGCUACAUCAAAACAUGAUGAACCAGUUCCCAAUGAAGGUGCUUUGAAUGAAGUAAUCACUGAGUUCAAUUUUGAGGAGCCACAUCCGGUGAAUGAUUCCAUACUACCCAUUACAACCGUUGCGUCACAAUCGAAAAGCAACGAAAAUGACCAGACUGCUUUAGAAGAAUUUGAGAAUAUACCUCUUCAUCGAAUUCAUCUGCUACAAAAAGAAAUGACACCAGUUGAGAGGCAAGCUGGUGAAAAUGAGGCGACGCAAGAAGCUCCAAAUAGCAAUGAUACAAGAGAAUCCGUCGGGAUUGAGUCACAUGCAGUGCAUGCAUCAAAGGAAAAAAGCCCAUCAAUUAUUAGUCUAAGAAACAUAAUUCUACAAGAUCGACAAUUGCAAAAUCAACUAAGAGCAUUUGAUGAGGAAACGGUGCAAAUAACAACGGAAUUGUUGAGUAAAUUACCUUACCAAAAUUCGGAUCUGAUUAAGCGGCACAUCAAAAGUGUUUUAGAGGAACGUGAGCACACAAAGCGGUUACUAGCAGAACUACACUUGGCAACUGGACAAUUGACAGAUGAUUUUACAACCCCUAGCGGCACAACAACCCCCACUGAUGCAGAUGCGAUGUUGUCCACAGCAAACAACGAAGCCGACUUUUCGGUGCAUGCCCACUUGAAUCAUCUGCCAGAUGUUCUUGGCAAAAAGCGGUCAUUGACAGAGAAUAUUCACCAAGACCUUACCCCAAUUAGCGAAACCACUAGUGAGAGUUUACUUGCAUCUGAAUGGUCUAGUGAAUUGGGCAAAGUAGAGGAGUAUCGGAAAAAGAGAUGCAUCGGGUUCUCUGCAAAAGGGUCAGCUGAUGAACCUAUUGAAUUAGAUUAA